GUAAAGGGCCUGUCGCCAUUCUGUGUCUUUGUACUUCAGUCGCGACUUGAGUGGCUUUGUGCAUUCGCUAACCAUGCCUGAACCAGGAAAAUCGGCUCCUGCCCCUAAGAAGGGCUCCAAGAAAGCCGUGACCAAGGCUCAGAAGAAAGACGGAAAGAAGCGCAAGCGCAGCCGCAAGGAGAGCUACUCCGUCUACGUCUACAAGGUGCUGAAGCAGGUCCACCCCGACACCGGUAUCUCUUCCAAGGCCAUGGGCAUCAUGAACUCCUUCGUCAACGACAUCUUCGAGCGCAUCGCCAGUGAGGCUUCUCGCCUGGCCCACUACAACAAGCGCUCCACCAUCACUUCCCGGGAGAUCCAGACGGCCGUGCGCCUGCUGCUGCCCGGGGAGCUGGCCAAGCACGCCGUGUCGGAGGGCACCAAGGCCGUCACCAAGUACACCAGCUCCAAGUAAGCGGCUGCUCCAGGAGUCAUCGAC